GGCGGACCUGUACGGACCGCCUGGGUGUUAGCGAACUAUGUCGGGUACGGAGCAACGUGAUGGAUAUCGCUCCAGUGAAGCAAAGCGCGAUACCGACCGGCGAGGUGAUGAGAGGAGGAAUGAGCGCCGGGACGAUCGCCGGAGUUACUGCCCCCUGACUUGCUUCUCUUGUGGAGAGUCGGGGCAUUAUGCAAACCAGUGCCUUGACAGGGACCGAAGACGCUACAACACCGAGAGGCCGUCCACGUCAUCGGACUCUCGACACUCUGGUCCGCCGCGGAGAUAUGAUCCCAGAAGAAGAUAUGAUUCACCACCUCAUGAUGGUGGGGAGAUUAAGAGCACGGUGACCGAGCUGGGUAAAUCUGUUGCCGCCAUGAAGGACUUUUUUGACGAAGCUAGACUGAAGAAGGAGGAGAAGGAACGGAGGAAGCGUGAGAAAAAGGAAGCCGAGGCACGUGAAGCUGAGGAGCGCGAACGUUUGGAGAAGAAAGCUAAGAAGAAGGCGGAAAAGUGCAAGAGGGAGUUGGAGUUGGAGGCGCAACGCCGUGAAGAGCUAAGGAAGGAUAAUGACAUCCAUCUCGCCAUACGAUUGAGCGAAAUGGAGGAGAACUUUGCACAUAAGGUGGAUAGCAUCAUCGGCCCGCUGCGAGAGCUCAUGAAGCAUGGCAAGAAGAAGGUUACAUAUGAUGAGAAGAGUGAGUCGACCUCGGAUGAGGAAAGUGACACGAGUGUCACGCAGGAGUUAAGCGCGCGAACGGAGCAGCUGCACAUCUCGGAGAAGAGGAAGAGGGGGCCGGGACCUGAAUUUGACGAUAGUCCCCCGAUAGAACUACCGCUAAAACGCACGCCCAAGAAAGGUGCUCUGAAACCAACUAGACUUAUCGGACGGAUGACGAGGGCAAGGACGACAGUGAAGGCACCUGGUUCUGUUAAGAGAAUCUCUCCGCGCAUCUGUAAAGAGGAAGGGGUGCCGUAUGACGGCAAGAUCGAUGCGAUCUUCGCGAUUGCAGACAAUCGUGCUAAGGAAAAGUAUGGCCUGGAUUCUGUCGAUGCUACCGAAGUGAUUGCAUUGGAGGAUAACGAGACCACAUAUGCUGAGCAGCGUAAAGAUGUACGGAUCUUCGUGGAAGGAGGUAACCUCUGGCAAUCCGGAUGGAAGCGGAUAUGCAAAGCAUUUGGGGAUGCUAAGCUGAAAGUCGGGGGUAAUACUGUAUAUCUGAAGCAGGCGAAGUUGGCCCUCCAGCAAGGGGGUGAGUUCCAGGUGGUGCACUGGUGGAAGUGGAAGCCCAGGUGUAGAUAUUUCAAGUAUCUCCUUAUUCAGAUUCUGCGUGAUCCACGUAAGUUGGAGGAUCUCUAUCGAUGGAACAUCAAGUCGCUCUUGCGACUGUAUUAUGUGGUGAAGGACUUCAGCAGGAAUUCAACGCGUAAGUAUCUGCGUCGGCUUAUCUCCAAAAUUUUUAGCAGUCGUUUUGAUCUGUGUAUGGGUUCGGAUCCGGUUUUUCGUCUAAAGUUCGAUGAUAGGAUUAAGGUGGUCGAGGUUCGUAAGGUUCUGAAUGAUGCGUUAAUGAGAGGGGACUUACCUAGAUGUUUUUUGCAGAGGAUGCGGAAAAAGGUCCAAAUCGUUUGGGUGAAGAACCCGUCGAUUGCGGAUACUAUGCACAAUCAUAGGGCUUUUGCCGCCCAGAACGAGCUCACCUGCAAGUGUGCACGUUUGUCUUUCCCGAAGUCGGAAGGUCAUGUCCGUUUCCGUGUUAGUUCGAUGGAAGAUGUACACCCGCUCUUGCGCAACACUCGGAACAUGCCACGUGUGACGACAGAUUGGGUCUGUUACAAAAGGAGAUCGCGGAGGGAUUUCGACAGUGUAGGAAUUGGAAAGGAGACGUGCCUGUGGUGUCGAGGGAAGAACUUGCCAGGUCUAUGAGCAACAGGUUUGUACCGGUGGACAAUCACUUGUUGUCCCAUCAUGUUGACGAACUGAAAGUGAGACUAGAGGUUCUAGUGCUCACUCCCCUAGAUCGCAAUCCAGGCGAGACUUUGGCUUUGUGCCCAUUUUUGUACUUCAAGGCGAUGAUGUCCACCUUCGUGCUCAACCCUGGUUAUCGGGUGAUGGAGAUACAGGCGGGACAGGUGCUUAGGGAGAUCAAGGAGGACGUAGCUAUGAGAGGCCUCAGUAAGUUCGUUCGGUGGGAGAAGAAGGGAGAGUUCGGUUCUGCCUAUGUUUUGCCUAAGCAAAAGGACUUGGGCACAUAUCGACCAAUCUGUCCAAUAUUUAAUGAACCCAUGAUAAGCAC